AUGUCAAAUCAAUAUCCCUCUGAGCAACAAAUUCAGACACGCGAUAUUAUUGAGAGUAACAUUUAUCACUGUUUUCAGUCCUUGUUAAAGGAUGUGGAUGCAUUGGUGUAUGUAGACACAGAUGUGAUGUUUCUUGCACCUUUAGAAGAGCUUUGGAAACACUUUAGUGCCAUGAAUGCAUCACACAUGGCGGCAAUGGCUCCAGAACAUGAAGAUUUAGCCACGGGGUGGUAUAACCGGUUUGCCAAGCAUCCCUAUUAUGGUAGAUUAGGUGUGAACUCGGGAGUGAUGCUGAUGAACCUUACUAGACUCCGAAAAUUUGGAUGGGAGGAGUAUGUGGUUCCAAUCUACAAGCACUACAAGCUGGCUAUAACAUGGGGUGACCAAGACAUCAUUAAUAUUAUCUUUCACUAUCAUUCAGACAAGCUCUAUGUUUAUGGCUGUGAGUACAACCUUCGACCAGAUCAUUGUAUGUACAUGAGUGUAUGUAAAGCAGCUGAGAAGCAUGGAGUUUUUGUCCUGCAUGGAAACAGAGGAACUUUUCAUAGUGACAAACAACCAGCUUUUCGAGCAGUGUAUCGUGCUUGGGAGGAGUAUAAACUUGGUGACGAUCUGAGGCAGAACCUAUACUACCCAAUGCAGCGUUAUCUCAUCAAAACCACCAACACAAACUGCGGGAAGAUCCACAGUGCUUACCUAAAGGCACUGGGGUCUCUGGUGAGGCUUAGAUGACAGGGGUGAAUGUAGUGUUUUCUACUUUUGUAUAUAUUCUUGCUGUGUAGCCUUUAUCUUUCUAUCUUUGAUAUAGAUUAUUUGUUGAUGGGCAGCUUACAGAAAUUAUCAUAUUUAUUAUUAUUACCUGUUGAUCAGGACUCAAAAACAUUUUUGUGUGUACAGUAAAAGAAUAGUUAUUUUUCUUUCUUUCAUAUCUUUACUUUUUAAGUUGGUACCAAAGCCAUGGUUAGAAUGAUUUUUUUGCAGCUUGUUACAAGUACUGCAGCUGAUCUUGUCAUAUCUAAAACAUCAAAAGUAAAAAAAUGAGGUGUUGAUAUUUACUUAUAGUUCAUAAGUAAAUAUGUAUAUAUAUAUACGGAAAAAAAGGUUUUCUUUACUAAGGAGAGAGAUUAUGUUGUGGACUAAUUAUGUCAAUCUCAUUUUCAAGGUUUAGAAAAAUAUGCUUUAGAAAAAUAUGAUCUUUCAUUUGAAAUGUCUUAGUACUUUCAACUGAUACAGGAGAGACCUUUCUUUCAAAGAACAUAUAAUUGCAAUAUCUUUAGAGUAUACAAUAUGUAUAAGGCAUAUUGUAGCAAAUAUAUUUUAACAAAUGAUUUCCACAUACAGAACCAUGGAAAGUAUGAAAACUCUCAGGCCUUUUCCACACAGUGGUUUGUGUCCACUGACUUGCUAUGUGUACCAGCCUACCACAUGCUCGAGUAUGCAAGACUGUAAAAAGCAAUGUUGCUGUAUGGGACAUUAUAGGAGAGAUUGAUGUGUUACUUGAUUAUGAUCCACUAUUUUUUUUCUUUAUUUCUUUUGAUUCCUUUACUGUUUACAUCACAGAGGAAGUUACAAGGACCUUAUUCAGUUACAGAAGGCUUGCAUUCUUACCUCUAGGGAGCCUGCGGAUAUAUGUGAGUGUGCUGGGAAGCUCAAUAUAUAUGCAAAAGUCAAGAAUAUGCCUUAAAGUAAAUUUCACUCCAUAGAAACUUAACCCACUGUUGACAGGAUGGCAAGAAUACAUUUCAAGUCCAGAGUGUCAUCUUUUUUAAUAUGUCUUUAACCCAUCAGCGACGGGUAAAAAUUUUGUAAGGUUUACGUAUGCACCGGCUUGUUGGCACGCACUGGCAGUUUCCCCUGUUUGCGCCCGGCUCAAUCGGUAGUUUGCGAGCGACAUA